UGUGAGUCGAAGGAGGCACAUCACUGUAACAUUGCGCAGACAAAUACUCGACUACAGACACUUUGUUUUUAUAUUUGUGGAUAUUAAUACCGCAUUUUCUCUCUAAAGAGGACGUCUAUACACACAAACAAGUGACCCUCAAAGUGACCCGGGCGCUGUCGCUUUAAAGCGAACGCGAACACCUCCCCCUCCCCCCAAAUAUCGGAGCCCCCCCCCUUCCAAUCAAGCAGAUAACAUGGACGGAUUCUACGACCAGCAAGUCCCAUUUAUGGUCCCACCCAGCCAGCACAAGUCUCACGUGGAGGAGCUUUCUCACAUCAGGCCUGUGAGCGACAGGAAGAGGAAGUUUGUGGACACAGAGCUCGCCCAGGACACAGAAGAUCUCUUCCAAGACCUAAGUCAGCUUCAAGAAAUCUGGAUCGCAGAAGCCCAGGUGCCCGAUGACGAACAGUUUGUCCCAGACUUCCAGUCGGAUAGCUUGAUGUUUCAUGGUCAGCCACCGGCCAAGAUCAAACGCGAGCUGAAUCCCGCCAAAGAGUUUUCUCCUUGUCGCCAGGAUAGGAGUCCCAUGCCCUACGGAGAGAAGUGCCUUUACAGCUACAGUGCCUGUGACAGGAAGCCCUCUCCCGGGUUCAAGCCAUUAACCCCCCCCUCCACGCCGGUCUCUCCCUGCGGCCCCUCCAGCGCGCACACUCCCCCUCCUCACUCCCACGUAGCCCAUCCCACACGUCCAGUGCACGUACAGCAGCCAAUCACAGCGAGCGCAGGCUCCCCCAACCAGCAGGCGCUCUCUGUGCACAGCCCCCCCUUCGCCGUGCCCUGCGCCCCCAUCAGCCAGGAUGCCAACAACUUCUCCCCUGAGCACAGGUUCCAGCGGCAGAUGUCAGAGCCAUGCCUCCCUUUCCCCCCCUCAGAGAGCCAGGCGCGCCCCCACUUCCUGCCCCAGCCUCCCAGCAGCCACCACAGCCUGCCCCGCGACGGCCGGCCGCCGUACCACCGCCAGAUGUCCGAGCCGCUGGUAGCCGUGCCGCCCCAGGGCUUCAAGCAAGAGCUCAUCGACCCGCGCUACGCAGAGCAGGGCGUCCCCUCCAUGGGGCCCCCAGGUGCUCCACAGGGGCCCCCGCGCCAAGCUUUCCACCCCAUGGCCAUCAAGCAGGAGCCACGAGACUUCUGCUUCGAUUCUGAAGUGCCUAACUGUCAGUCAUCGUUUGGGAGAGCGGGGAGCUUCUACCAAAAUAACCAUGAAAGUUUCUCCUUUGACAGAGAGACUCAGCUGUACUUUGACGACACCUGUGUGGUCCCUGAGAGACUAGAAGGUAAAGUAAAGCAGGAGCCCUCUGUGUUUCGUGACGGACCCCCCUAUCAGCGCCGCGGCUCCCUGCAGCUCUGGCAGUUUCUGGUCACGUUACUGGACGACCCGGCUAACGGACAAUUCAUCGCCUGGACCGGCCGCGGCAUGGAGUUCAAACUGAUCGAGCCCGAGGAGGUGGCUCGUCGCUGGGGCAUCCAGAAGAACCGGCCGGCCAUGAACUACGACAAGCUGAGCCGCUCGCUGCGCUACUACUACGAGAAGGGCAUCAUGCAGAAGGUAAAGGUGGCCGGUGAGAGGUACGUGUACAAGUUUGUGUGCGACCCCGAGGCUCUCUUCUCCAUGGCGUUCCCCGACAACCAGAGGCCCAACCUCAAGGUGGACCCAGACAGCCUGCCGGGCCCCGAGGAGGACACGGUGCCCCUCACUCACUACGAGGAGAACGCCCCCUACCUGCUGGACGCCAGCGAGCAGUGUGUGGCAGGUCUGCCCUUCCCCGACGGCUACGGCUACUAAAAGCAAAACACACAUGGACACGCAAACACUCCCAAAGUCGCCCGAAAAAAAUCCAGAGCUGGAACUUGCUGAGUCGCUUGGAGGGCAAAUUCCUCUCCUGCUCCCUGGAAAAAAACCUUCAUAAAACUCUGAUGAAGCUCCCAAGCUAAGAAUGAAUGAGGGGGAAAGAAAAAAAGCCUGCGACAGCUCCUCUCCUGCGAGUGAAAGAGAGAGGUUGUGUAACCAGUGAAGAGGAACUGGACUGCAAGAGGCCGCUUCUGCUGCAGAGACCAAAUAAAAGCGAAGCCACGUGGCGCCAUCUUUAAAAGAACUGACCAGGGGGGGGGGGGAAAACCCACUUUGUACAAGAGUCGUUCUGAUUUUGUGACAAUCUGCUUUUCUUAAAAACAAUCAAGUAACCAAUAGAGUUUUAAAUACAAACUAAUUCUAAAUGCAGCACUAUUCUAUAGUUGCCUUUUUUUGGGUCGCCCCCAUUCUUAUGUCGCCACAUCCGUGAAAGGGCUUUAAUUUGCAUAGCACGGAUUCAAGAUGGAAAACAUAUAUUCUAAACUCACAGAUCACUUAGUUUUCUGUAGAUACAUUUUAGUUUGCAUCCGCCAGCUGUUCUUUAGAGACCCAGGCCUCUCAGGUUUCUGGGGCGUUGCUGUAUUUCAGGCUCGUUGGUUGGGCUGCUCUCUCUCGUGUACAUGUUACGUUCUUUAACCGCUUCUGCCCGUGUAAGAGAUUGUAUCCGCUUCCCUUUAGAAACUGCAGUCUAUACAGUACACUCCUCAUGUCUGCUCAUCACUGCUGGGUCCCUUUUUAUUAUACCGCUCCAAGUUUUAGAGAUGAUUAGCACUCCAUCUCCUCCAUUUCAAAAGGGAUGCAAGUAUUUCCCCUGAUAAAUGUAUGAUAAAAUGGUCACGUUGCUCCUAUUUCUUUUUUAUUUUGUAUCUCUGUCUGGGUGCUUCAUGUUUUCCUCGGCAGUGUACUAGUUACUCUGAUGCACCAGUAUGGCAGGCUGCAUCGGGAUGUUGCAUGCAAAGUAAAAACGAAAUAAAGAAGGGUGACUUUCUCCUUCUUUCGGACACCUCUGCCAGUCACAAGUGGUCAACAGGAGGCUUCUCUUUGCAUGGUGUAAGACUGUGUCCACUAACAUAUCGCUUUACUGUCUCUGGACAAAGAAGAUAUUUGUGAUAUUCUCUGCAUUUGUUGUCUGUGUGUUCAUUAUGUAUGUUUCUUAAUAUGGGGGGGAGGGCGAAGACAAACGUAUAUAAAGUAUAUAUUUUUGCUAUAAGGCUGCAUUUGUUUUGAUUUUAAUGUAAAAGCUGUAUAGUUCUGGCUCUAAUAGACAAUGUAGCUUUUUAAAUCUUGAUCCUUUACAAAGCUACUACUGCAGACUGUUUCUUUAAGAGGCCUCAAGGUUGGAGAAUGGAGGAGACGAUGUUAUUCUCUUGCCUGUAAAAGUGUGUGUGUGUGUGUGUGUGUGAACGCCGGAGUUCCAUCAAAGGUGAACACACACAUUAUAUCAUGGGCUCCACUCCAGGCACAGGGAUUGUCUGCACUUGUAUAGGCUUCAGUCCCCUCCCCUCACAAUGUGUUUCUUACACUGCUGAGUUUAUGAUAAUCUGUACUGGGUACAAUAAACGGUCCUUUAUGCUUCAUU